AUGUGCAGCACACACAGGAUUUUCUUUUCUCAGGCAAGUAAUAUCUGCAUUUUCAGUUACCACUGGUUUUUCUGUUCCCAAUCGAGUUCUAUCUGCAUUUUCAGUUACCACUGGUUUUUCUGUUCCCAAUCGAGUUCUAUCUGCAUUUUUACCACUGGUUUUCUGUUCCCAAUCGAGUUCUAUCUGCAUUUUCAGUUACCACUGGUUUUCUGUUCCCAAUCGAGUUCUAUCUGCAUUUUCAGUUACCACUGGUUUUUCUGUUCCCAAUCGAGUUCUAUCUGCAUUUUCAGUUACCACUGGUUUUUCUGUUCCCAAUCGAGUUCUAUCUGCAUUUUCAGUUACCACUGGUUUUUCUGUUCCCAAUCGAGUUCUAUCUGCAUUUUCAGUUACCACUGGUUUUUCUGUUCCCAAUCGAGUUCUAUCUGCAUUUUCAGUUACCACUGGUUUUUCUGUUCCCAAUCGAGUUCUAUCUGCAUUUCAGUUACCACUGGUUUUUCUGUUCCCAAUCGAGUUCUAUCUGCAUUUUCAGUUACCACUGGUUUUUCUGUUCCCAAUCGAGUUCUAUCUGCAUUUUCAGUUACCACUGGUUUUUCUGUUCCCAAUCGAGUUCUAUCUGCAUUUUCAGUUACCACUGGUUUUCUGUUCCCAAUCGAGUUCUAUCUGCAUUUUCAGUUACCACUGGUUUUUCUGUUCCCAAUCGAGUUCUAUCUGCAUUUUCAGUUCCACGGAUUCUUCUAUUCUCAUGGACCAAUUUUGUACAGCUUUACCUGGGAUUUUUCUUUUCUCAGGCAAGUAAUAUCUGCAUUUUCAGUUACCACUGGUUUUUCUGUUCCCAAUCGAGUUCUAUCUGCAUUUUCAGUUACCACUGGUUUUUCUGUUCCCAAUCGAGUUCUAUCUGCAUUUUCAGUUACCACUGGUUUUCUGUUCCCAAUCGAUUCUAUCUGCAUUUUCAGUUACCACUGGUUUUUCUGUUUCCCAAUCGAGUUCUAUCUUCAGCAUUUUUUCUGUUCCCAAUCGUUCUAUCCACAGUUACCACUGGUUUUCUGUUCCCAAUCGGUUCUAUCUGCAUUUUCAGUUACCACUGGUUUUUUUCUGUUCCCAAUCGAGUUCUAUCUGCAUUUUCAGUUACCACUGGUUUUUCUGUUCCCAAUCGAGUUCUAUCUGCAUUUUCAGUUACCACUGGUUUUCUGUUCCCAAUCGAGUUCUAUCUGCAUUUUCAGUUACCACUGGUUUUUCUGUUCCCAAUCGAGUUCUAUCUGCAUUUUCAGUUACCACUGGUUUUCUGUUCCCAAUCAGUUCUAUCUGCAUUUUCAGUUACCACUGGUUUUCUGUUCCCAAUCGAGUUCUAUCUGCAUUUUCAGUUACCACUGGUUUUUCUGUUCCCAAUCGAGUUCUAUCUGCAUUUUCAGUUACCACUGGUUUUCUGUUCCCAAUCGAGUUCUAUCUGCAUUUUCAGUUACCACUGGUUUUUCUGUUCCCAAUCGAGUUCUAUCUGCAUUUUCAGUUACCACUGGUUUUUCUGUUCCCAAUCGAGUUCUAUCUGCAUUUUCAGUUACCACUGGUUUUUCUGUUCCCAAUCGAGUUCUAUCUGCAUUUUCAGUUACCACUGGUUUUCUGUUCCCAAUCGAGUGGUUUUCUGUUCCCAAUCGAGUUCUAUCUGCAUUUUCAGUUACCACUGGUUUUCUGUUCCCAAUCGAGUUCUAUCUGCAUUUCAGUUACCACUGGUUUUUCUGUUCCCAAUCGAGUUCUAUCUGCAUUUUCAGUUACCACUGGUUUUUCUGUUCCCAAUCGAGUUCUAUCUGCAUUUUCAGUUACCACUGGUUUUUCUGUUCCCAAUCGAGUUCUAUCUGCAUUUUCAGAUUCCACAUUUUUUUCUGUUCACAGAAAAGUAUUCUUUGUAUGCUCAGCUUACACUGGCGUUUCUUUUCUGAGACAAGUCCUAUCUGCAUGACAGGCUUCCACAUGAUUUUCUCUACUCCGGCAAGGUCUGUCUGUAUUUUCACCUACCACAGGCUUUUUAGUUUCUUAUGCAAUCCUGUCUGCAUUUUCAGCUGCCACCGGUUUUUCUGUUCGCAGGCAAGAUCUAUCUGCAAGCCUUUUUUCUUUUCUCUGCCAAAUCCUACCUGCAUGUUCAGCUUCUAUUGGUUUUCUGUUCUCGGGCAAGAUCUAUCUGCAUUUUCAGCUCCCACACAUUUUACUGCUCCACUGAAGGCCUUUUUUUUCUUUUCUCUGCCAAAUCCUACCUGCAUGUUCAGCUUCUAUUGGUUUUCUGUUCUCGGGCAAGAUCUAUCUGCAUUUUCAGCUCCCACACAUUUUACUGCUCCACUGAAGGCCUUUUUUUUCUUUUCUCUGCCAAAUCCUACCUGCAUGUUCAGCUUCUAUUGGUUUUUCUGUUCUCAGGCAAGAUCUAUCUGCAUUUUCAGCUCCCACACAUUUUACUGCUCCACUGAAGGCCUUUUUUUUCUUUUCUCUGCCAAAUCCUACCUGCAUGUUCAGCUUCUAUUGGUUUUCUGUUCUCGGGCAAGAUCUAUCUGCAUUUUCAGCUCCCACAUCUAUCUGCAUUUUCAUUUUUACUGCUCCACUGAAGGCCUUUUUUUUUUUUCUCUGCCAAAUCCUACCUGCAUGUUCAGCUUCUAUUGGUUUUCUGUUCUCGGGCAAGAUCUAUCUGCAUUUUCAGCUCCCACACAUUUUACUGCUCCACUGAAGGCCUUUUUUUUCUUUUCUCUGCCAAAUCCUACCUGCAUGUUCAGCUUCUAUUGGUUUUCUGUUCUCGGGCAAGAUCUAUCUGCAUUUUCAGCUACCAUUCUUUUUCUUAUUCCCAGACAAGCUACCACAGUUUCUUGGUUUUUUUUCUGA